AUGGCGCGGAAGCAGCAGAAGCUCCUGGGCUUCGGCCCUCGCUGGCAGACUGCCGACCCGACGGAGUCUCUGACGCGCGAGCACGAGGUUCAAGAAGCCCUGCACCAGUUGGAAGAGGUCUAUCGGAAGCAGCGGCAAGUGCAAGAUCAGGGGCACGCCGAGUGCGCCGCUGACUUCCAGCCAACAAAGCAGCGAGCCGUUCUCACGAGGCGGCGCGGGCAGACCGUGGAGUCCUUCGGAAAGCGGGAGGACGGCGAGUGGGUGCUGGAGCCGGAGGAGAUGCUAUACCUGGCAGAACGGGGGACCCUGGCAGUUUCCGAGGAGGCUGAGAACGGAAAGAGGCGGCGCCUUGCCAUCCCGGAGCUCUACAGCAAAGUUCUGACCAGCCCCGCUCAACUAGAUGCAGAUAGCUACAUGGUGUACUCGCACCUGCGGCGGUCGGGCUAUACCGUGACGCGUUCAGAUUUGCAGAAGUCGCCCGGCGUGCAAAUGGUGGGCAGCUGUGGCGUGUGGCAGCUUCGGCAGCUGAUUGCCCGUCGGAGGUGCUGGUAG